CCAGGACGGGCCAGUCCUCGGGGCGCCUUAUAAGCGCUGCCCUCCCCACGCUGCGUGGACACGGGCUCUUCCUCUGCACCGCAGGUCGUAAGGCACACGGGCCUCGCCACCGCACCUGUGGAGGACGUGCCAUGGCAUAGCAUGACUGCACUUCACACUGUGUGCCAUGCCCUUCCCCAACAGCUCUGACCUCAGCCCAGCCUCCUUCAUCUUGGCCAGCAUCCCAGGGCUGGAGGCUGCCCAUUUCUGGGUGGCGAUCCCUCUGUGCUCCGCGUACAUCAUGGCUGUAGCAGGCAACUGUGCAGUGCUGUUCAUUGUGAAGACAGAGCCCAGCCUGCACGUUCCAAUGUAUUUCUUCCUCUGCAUGCUGGCUGCCAUCGACCUGGCCUUGUCCACGUCCACAGUGCCACGUGUCCUUGCCUUCUACUGGUUCAACACCAAGGAGAUCAGCUUCAGUGCCUGCCUCAUCCAGAUGUUCUUCAUACACACCCUCUCGGCCAUUGAGUCCACCAUCCUCCUGGCCAUGGCUGUGGACCGCUAUGUGGCAAUCUGCCACCCACUCAGACAUGCUGCCAUCCUCACCAAUGCCACAACAGUGAAAAUAGGGCUGGCAGCCAUGGCCAGAGGAGUCCUCUUCUUCUUGCCCUUGCCUUUGCUCCUCCUGCCCCUUCCCUUCUGCAACUCACGGGAGCUGUCACACUCCUUCUGCCUGCACCAGGACGUGAUGAACCUGGCCUGCGCCAACACUACCCCCAGUGUGGUGUACGGCCUCACCGCCAUCCUGCUGGUCAUGGGAUUGGACGCCCUCCUCAUCUGCCUCUCCUACCUCCUGAUCCUCAAGUCUGUCUUGCGGCUGGCUUCAUGGAGGGAGAGGCUCAAGGUGUUCAGCACCUGCAUCGCCCAUAUCUGUGUGGUCCUGGCCUUCUACGUGCCGCUGAUCGGGCUGUCCGUGGUGCACAGGUUUGGGAAGGACCUGGCUCCACUCGUCCAUAUCAUCAUGGGGAACAUGUACAUUCUGGUGCCUGCCGUGCUCAACCCCAUCAUCUAUGGGGUGAGGACCAAACAGAUACAAAGGAGGAUCCUGAAUUUAAUUCACAUCUCCAGCAAUAGAACUGCCCAGUGACUUCUGUGCAGCUGUCAUCUCCUGUUUCCUCACAAAGCCUCAACUUGUUUUACACUCAGGGUCUUUGGAGCAGGGGCUGUCCUCUGUGCAGCACCCAGCACGUGGUAGGAGACUCAAAGGUGCUACCACAAGGUAAAAGGUAAAUAGCAAUUGUAAACUCCUUCCAAGAGUGCUUAUCCCACCAAGCCUAGAGUGAAUCUUAUUACAAUGAUCUGAAUCCAACCCUGAUCCAGGAGGUAAUGUAAUGGGAAAUCUUUAAAAGACGUUUAGAUGUAGAGCUUGGGGAUAUGGUUUAGUGGGGACUGUUAGCGUUAGGUCAGAGGUUGGACUCGAUGAUCUUGAGGUCUCUUCCAACCUAGAAAUUCUGUGAAUCUGUGAUUCUGUGGGAAAGAAAAAUGGAUCAGCAAACUAAUAAAAAGUCUUGAUGUUGCACUUUGUUCCCUUCUCUCCCAUAGAAUUUGCAGAGCUGAGUGAAUACUACAGGUGUUGUGUUUUUUUUUUUUUGGAAUUAUUUAGUUACUUCAUGGUUUGUGCUUGUAACAUGUUCAUUUUCCAAUAAUAUUUUAGCAACAUUUUUGGCCAAACCUUUAUCUGUCGGAACUAUCUUUAAGUAAAAUAAUUAUGGUCAGUAACAUUAUAGAUGCAGAUGUACACUUAAGAAAUCCUCCACCUCUGGUCUUGUUCUGACAUUCUGGGCAUCCAGUUAAGGCAGCCGAACCACCCUGUAGCAGACACUCUGGAAAAACUUCAGGCACAGAGUUAUUGGAAGUGAUUUUGAACAUAAUUUCCAUUAAUAAUUACAUUUAAGAAAAGGAAAGUCUCACAAGAGAAAAAAUAACAAGUUAUAAAUAUAAGUGAUAUUACCCAGCCUAAGGAGGCACUGUUUCCAAGCUGAAGGUUGUUCUGUACUUUUGACAUGUACCUUUUGACUCCAUGCAUACGUAUUUCAUUUUUUUUUCUUUUAUUUCCAAGGUAUUCCACAUGAAAUUAAGAUACCUCACAGCCCUUUCUCCCUAAAGGAGAAAAGACUUCUAAUGACUUUUCUACCAGUGGGACACUACUACAAAAAUCUCCUAAUGCUAUGGAAGCCAACAAGUCUUAGGGCCAAUGAAAAUAGGCCCUAAGGUGUGAAAGAUAGCCUAGAUGAUUCUGUGAUUCAAAAUGCAUUUGUUUUGACAGGCCUUCAUCAACCCAUAGGCUCAUACAUCAAAAAGUAACAUUCCAACAAUGUUUUUCUGGGGAAUGAAGAAGGAAAAAACAUUAUAUCUAACAUUUUUCAGUGACACCAUUUCAUAUUUUGUAAAAAGGUUAAAGAUCCUGGGAAGGGAUGUUAGAAUCAUAGAAUCAUUUAGGUUGGAAAAAAUUUCUAAGACCAUCAAGUCCAACUGUUAAGCCAGCCCUGCCAAGCCUACCGCUAAACCAUGUCCCUAAGCCCCGCAUCUAUGUGUCUUUUGGAAACCUCCAGGGAUGGUGACUCAAUCACUUCCCUGGGCAGCCGGUUCCAAUGCCUCACAACCCUUUCAGUGAAGAAUUUUUUCCUAAUAUACAACCUAAACCUCCCCCGGUGCAACUUGAGG